UGCGAAAAUUGCCUUCUAACCUGAGGCAAUUAUCAAAGGAAAAGGGAACGAAUGUUAUGUGUGCGAAUCCAAACAUUUGAACUAUGCGCGAUUUGUACAGCUUUGUUACAGCAAACUGACCUAAUACCGUGACCCUUCAAGACGAAAUUGUGUUGGGAAACAUAUCAGAACUUAACUGUGUUGAAGAAUGGGUGUAUUCACAUCUAACCAGCUGUUUACAGCUGCUUCCAUCACUGUUUUAACAUUAUUCUUCAACAAAGGACACUGCGAUUCAAUUUGUCCCAAUGGAAUAACGAACAUCACAGGCUCCAUAAGAACGCUUGUGUACCCUGAGUCAGGUAAUUAUGGUGUGAAUGAGACCAAAUGUUGGCGAAUUAAAGUUCCAGACAUCUCUGACUACAUCAUAUAUCGUUUUUCAAGGCUUGACGUAGAAAUGUGCUCUGAAUGUAAAUGUGACUCUCUUCAAAUGAGGUCUUCCUACAGUGAUUUACACCCGCGAAAAUUUUGUGGACGAUAUAGUUACAACUACUUACAGGGAUAUGCCUUCAACGUCGAUUGGGAAGCGGGAAUUUUUGAGGAUAUUUCUGCACCAACGAUCUACCUUCGUUUCGUGUCGGAUGACACAGUACAUUACACAGGAUUUAAUGUUACCUUUAUAGCCGCGUCCAGGAGAGAGGGUGAAGCAAACUAUCUGAAUGCAACCGAAGAUGAAACUAUUGAGUUUGGCACACCAAAAGUCGACAUUGAGAACUACCCCUCAAAUUACGCAGAACAGUGGAUUUUAAUCGUCCCUGAGGGACGGAAGGUCCGAAUAGAAUUCGACAUAUUUGAACUGGAAGACAGUGAGGGCUGCAGAAACGAUUAUGUUGAGUUCCGUGAAGCAUCUAUCAUAGUUGGUGAUCCUAAAAGAAUAUAUGGCCAUUUUGGUCCAAUCCUGACAGGACGCCUGUGUGGAAAUACAAAGCCAAACUCGAUACUGAGUCAAGGGAACAUGGUUUGGGUUCAGUUCAUGAGUGACAGAAACUCCACUACUGUAAACAAGGGAUUCCAAGCUUCUUUUAAAGCAGUACAGGGAAGCGGAUUGCCUGUAAGCCGUCCAAUGAUGCUUCUUUUUCUCUCAGCUUUGAUCGUGCAUGUGUCAAAGAAUAACUUGUUGUAGUCCUGUCAAGUGUAUCCAGGAGACGUCUUUAGAUCGCCGAAGUUUUGAAACGUAUGCAUUUAGCUAAACUCUGAUUGUGGACUUAAAAGUUUUAAUAUCAAGGAUUUGAGUGUGAAGUUGCGUCCCGGGAAUCUUUCUUUUAGGUCAUUUUUAGCUGUCAGCAGAUUGAAUUUUUUGUGUUAUUUUAUUUUUUUUCGCGUUAGAAAGUUUUUCGGAUCAGUUUUAGAGCCACUCAAUCGAUUUUAUUUGUAUGCUUAGAUUUAGUACAAGAAAAACGAAAUUUAACCAGUGUGAAAGCCCUUAGACUUGAAAAAGCUUGAACAAUAUUAUGUGCAUCUUUUUCAGUACAAAAGGGAAUUUGUUUUAAACUUGUUACUCCAUUAAAAAUUGAGAAACAAAUGCAUAGACAAGUAAUAAAAAA